AUGAUGGCCAUGAUACAUGAAAACAGUUUCAUGCCAGAGAGCAAUUAUGAUGCGCCAAUCGACCUUAGCCGCGGCCCCAAAAUUUCCGCCAGCUGCUUGAACGAAGCCGUAGGGGCCGACAUCACCGCAGGGCUACUGGACAACUUGCGCGGCUUCCUUGACCAGUCGCUACAGCCUCACAUGAUAAUAUUGGCCGAUGGGCUCCGACAAUGUGGAUGUCUGCUUCGCGAACUGGUUGGCUGUUGCAACACGAAUUAUGCCCGCCUGCCCGUAACGCUAGACUACAUCGAAAUAGUCCUGCCGAGUUUGCGCUGCACGUUUGUGAAAAUAAAGGCCUACUAUGAUGAUCCAACUCUUACCAUGGACAUGCGGUGGCGCACCAUGUACCAUAGGAUGACCGAAGAGGCGGAUGGCCUUCCGCUGCCUCAGAGGGCUGGCCUGUACAAUCAGUACUUGCUGUGCCUGCAGCAGAUGCAGACUCGUUCGCAAUACUUUGACAUGAACACCCUCGAGGCUCUCCGGGACCGAAUUCUCAAGCUGCGAGAGAAGCAAGGAAUCGCACCGCCACCGCCGCCGCAACCGACCCAAGCAGGUGCCCUUAUUCUGGCAUCAAUGCAGACAGUCCCUUUGUCUGUUGUCGACCGAAACAUUCACUGGGCUGAGGAGAUUUUCACAAGGCCGCUACCUUGCCGCACCCCCCUCAAGCACCUGAACAUGUGGUUUGACCAAGCCCGCUUGUCACUUAUUGUUUUCGAGUACCCUGGCGACGAAGCGCCCUUCAUAGCCAUCCGCAGCCUGCACCUUGGAACCAACACUCCGCUCAUGUCCGUUCGUGGCAUUCACGAGCUGUGCAUCUCACGAGACGGCAGUUGUCUUGUGCUCAAGCGCUGGAGCCAGAGCGAAGGCUGCAGCAAGCUAUGGGCAGUCUUGUACUUUAUCACGUGGGAGGAAAUGGUGCUCUUUCAUUGCACAUUUGUUGCACUCAAGUCCCAGUGCUACCGUACGCGGCAGAUCAAGCCAGAAGAUCGCAUUAUCGACGAUGGGUUUAAGCACUCUCUGAUCGUCUAUCGUGACACCGAGUCGCAUAGCAUCCGUCUCCACGCUGCUGUCUGGGAGGGCGAGAUGCGCCAGUGUCCCGUAUGGACAGCCUUUGUCACCAAUCAGGCCAGGUCGUCCUCAUGGCUCCGCCGCAAGGGCAGACACCGAGUCUGGCUCCGGGACGUGCAGCUGUAUGUGUUCUGCAACAUCUACCGCGAGGACCACAUGCGCCAGAACAAGUCGGGCGCGUUCGAGAUCGACUUCGCCAGCGAGGAGGCUGCACGGCGCUUUGAGGAGGUGUUUUACCCGCCGCCGCCGCCGACUCCACAGGCUUCGCUUGGCUCGUCAGCGGUGCCGCUGGCCGUGACAGCCGGCUCGGAUUUGCAUAGCGGCAGCAGCUCGGGAAAGUCAUGUCGGCCGAUGUCGGUCUCGAGUUUGUCGGAGGGCUCAGCGGAUGGAUCGGCCGAGGGUUCGGACAACCAGUCAGCUCCGGAGUCUAUGGCAGGGUCUUUCAUGGGGUCCGAGCAGGGAUCUGUGCAAGAGUCUGUGCCGGAGUUUAUUCCCGAAUCCAGCCCCGACUCCACGCCAGGCUCGACAGAAGACUCUGCAGAUGUGACGGACUUGACAGAUUCCCUCGGCUCGGUAGCCCUGGCCGAUUCGACAGAUGCGUCCGAAGUGACCGAGAUGAAGCCGCCCACAGACCACGAAUGA